AUGCUCACUGAAAGCAGCUCAGUCGUUGGAGGCGACAGUGAGAGCGAGGAUGACUUUGAUUGGGAGGAGGUCAUUGUGCCCGAGGCUCAGGCGGUGGAAGAACCUGUCGUCCUUCAAACUGUUGCUGACGACGUGCAGGAAGGUCCCUCUGCACGCCCCUCGGGCAACAUAGAGAUCACAAUCCAGGCAAAGACGAAGAAGCAAGGUCCACUGAAGAAGAGCGCGAAAGGGGAACAGCUGUACGCGCAGCGUCUGGUGCGGCUCGACUGCCACAAAAUACACACCGUCUGUCUCCUCGCCAAUGCGCGCACACGUAACAAAUGGAUUAACGACCCUCUCCUGCACGCGCGACUCAUGUCCCUCGCUCCGCUCUCGCUGCAGAACGCGUUCGCGCUGAUCCACAAGUCGCGCGUGCCCGAGGCCGCCCAGCGAGGACGGCUCUUUGAGGCAGCUAUUAACCGCCUCACCGAAUGGUGGAGCGCGAGCUUCCGCGUCGAUCCUACCGGCCACAUUCGCAGCCGCACCUUCGAAGACGUGCAGCAGCGCCUCGGCCUCUCCCUCUCCGCAGACCCCGCGGAGGCGCGACGCAGAGCGAAGGGAAAGGAGCGUGCGAUCGACGUGGAUGAAGAGGACGCGGAGGUGAUCAGGAGCGAGAAGAGCCUGAUGAAGCACGCGUUGAUGUUUCGCGGGUCGCGUGAUGCGAGUGCCCAGCUGUUCACCGCCCUUUGUCGCGCUCUAGGCAUCCCGGCGCGUCUGGUCGUAAGUCUACAGAGCGUGCCCUGGCAGGCGAACGCGGGAAAGUCCAAGUCCACUGCGAAGAAGAAGGGCAAGGAGGCAGACGGUAAGGGGAAUGACAAAGAGAAAGGGGAAGGGAAGGGAAAGGAGAAGGCGGUAAACGGGGAAGCGGAAGAGGGGGAAACUGCGGAGGACGAUGACAUGGAAGAGGUGGUGAUACCCGCCGGUGCGUCUGCAAUGUCUGACCGUGGAACCGACAAAGGCAAGGGGAGAGCAAUGGAAGACGACAUAUUCCCUGUGGGGGGCCAGCGCCUAGACGGGGGCAGUAUCCCAGCGGUAAACGGAACACCCAAAGAUAAAGGGAAGGCGAAGGCACCACCCAUCAUCAACCUGCGAAAAAGCCGCGGUAAAAAGCUUGGCUCAGCUCCUAAUAGACCUCCACGACGAGAGCGCACUCCCGACCCGACGACCUCGCCGCCUGUGUUCUGGACAGAGGUGUUUUCGCGCGCCGACGCACGCUGGCUGCCCGUCGAUCCCGUCCGGUGCAUCGUCAACAGGCGCAAGGUAUUCGAUCCCACGCCUAAUGCUUCUGCGCUCACGAAGUCGGACCGCAAUAGACCCGUGCGUGUCGAAAACCGGCUGGUUUACGUUCUCGCGUUUGAAGAGGACGGGUAUGCGCGCGACGUGACGCCGCGGUACGCAAGGGAGUAUGGCGCAAAGGUCGCGAAGGUACAGCAGGGGGGGAGGGGCAGGCAGCAGUGGUGGGAGGGGAUACUUGGGCUGGUGACGAGGCCGUAUAGAUUGAAUAGAGAUGAUCUUGAAGAUGAUGAGCUGCAGAUCGAUCAACUUACAGAGCGGAUGCCUACGACCAUGACAGGGUUCAAGGACCAUCCGUUAUAUGUCCUAGCUCGGCAUCUAAGGCGGGACGAAGUCAUCCAUCCGCUCAGAGAGAUUGGCAAGUUCCGAGGCGAGCCAGUAUACUCGCGCUCCGCCGUGCUCUCACUCAAGACCGCGGAGAACUGGAUGCGCCAGGGCCGCAAGGUGCGCGAAGGGUGCCAGCCGAUGAAAUGGGUCAAGCAGCGGGCCAUGACUGUGAACAAGAAACGCGCGAUCGAGAUGGCGCUGGCGGAGCAGAAGGACAAGCACGCAGCUGCCGAAGAGGAUGGGGGCGAUGGCUUCGCCAGUGAGGGAGGGGUGAUGCAAGGCCUCUACGCGGAAAAUCAAACUGAACUGUACGUUCCCAAUCCAGUCAUCGACGGGAGAGUACCGAAGAACGACUUCGGGAAUAUCGAUCUUUAUGUACCUUCCAUGCUUCCCGCUGGGGGAACCUACAUUCCUUACAAAGGCGCUGCCAAAGUCGCGCGGCAGUUAGGGUUUGACUUCGCGGAAGCAGUGACGGGCUUUGAAUUCAAAAAGCGACGAGCCUUCCCCAUAAUCUCGGGUAUCGUUGUCGCAGCGGAGAAUGAACAAACCGUGCUUGAGGCAUUCUGGGAAGCCGAACAGGAUGCCGAAGAGAAAAGAAGAGCCAAACGGGAGGAGCAGGUCCUCAAGCGGUGGACGAAGCUCGUGCAAGGCCUCCGGAUCCGCCAGCGGCUCCAGGAACAGUAUGCUGAUAACAACGUACGUGAGAGCUCGAUCGUGCAGGAAGAAGAAAACAAGGAUGCGCAGCUAGAAGCAGGGGGCUUCCUCACGGGGGCAGACGAUGUGGUUCAGCCAUUCACGCUACCGAAGAAUCUGCAUGAAAUGCCCAGGACGUCCACCACCAUAUCACUGGCUCCCAGCCGCGAUACACGCAGUGCCAGCCUCAAGCUUGACGAGGUGGAGGACGUCCAAACGCCUGCUGCAGCAUACACAUUAACCCUCGACGAGAACCACGACGAAGAUGAGGAUCUGGAAGAGAUCGUGGUCCCGAUACAUAUGCAACCUGGCACGGCGAUUCCGAAGAGCAUCCGAGAGCUUGCUGAGGAUGCAGCAAGGCAGCAGGCGGACCUUUCUCACGAGGAAGAGGAGUCUCGACCCGUGUCCUCACUUGCCCAGGACAACAAAUCAGAUGCCACGAAGGGCACGAGCACUCCGAGCAGAAGCGCUCGGAGUACGCGCAGCGGCACGGGGACGCCCGCUGCGACGUCGAGGAAAGCUAAAGCGUCAGCUCAGCCCUCUCCGCGUCGGUCUCGGAAACGUCCCAGGAAAGACGCCGACAAUGAAGAUGCAGAAUCGGAGCCAGAGAUAGCUACAGCUUCACCGUCAAAGCGCACAAGAGCCUCUGCUCCGGGAUCAUCUGACCGUGUUCUGCGUACACGGGUGCCCAAGAGUGCGACUCAAGUUCAGGAAGAGAAGGAUAUGGAGCUGGCUUAUCGAAGGGCUGUUGCGGAGUAG